UAGCAAAUUCGGGCAAUUCUAUUUAUUAACGGCUGCUUGAAAAAUUCAACACAAGAUGUCACAGGACAUAGGGCAUAUUAGAACCAGAGAUUAGAACAUGGCUCGAGAACCUGCUGCUCAUGGCGUCAUUUUCCCCAAACCACUUUAGCGCAAACCACGCCCCGUAGUUGCAAUGGAAUCGAUUCUGAACGUUCGAAAUGACGCGACUGACACAGACCUAGCAGCAGGCUACGGCUACAUUAGCUUGCUAACGUGUUAUGGUAGGCCUUUGCGCUGGCUAGUAUGCAUCGACUCGUGUACGUUUUUUUUGCAGAAAUUCUCCCAAGCCUCCUGGUGCUCCAAACUUGUGCACAAUCGCUGUGGUCUGAUGGAACUUCUCCCUGGUCACCAGGUGCUCCACACAUUUGAGGGGUAUUUCCUCUGGUUCGGAGCUCUUGUCCAUCUCAGUGUAGUUGCUUUUAUCACAACCUGAGUGAUGGAUCCAAGGCCAGGAGCGUCAUUUGCAAUGACCCGGAGAUCUCGUUGGUCCCCGCCAAUUUUCCUGCUGACACCUCAAAACUUCGAAUUGAGAAGACGGCAAUCAAGCGGAUUCCAAGCGAAGCUUUCUAUUACCUCUCAAAUUUGGAAUGUCUGUGGAUGUCUUUCAAUUCGUUGUCUAAAUUAAAUACAGACAGUUUCCGUGGCUUGUACAGCCUUGAAGAACUGAGAUUGGAUGGCAACUCCCUUACGUCGUUUCCCUGGGAAUCGCUUGCUGACAUGCCCAGCCUGAGACUCCUCGAUUUGCACAACAACCAAAUGACUUCACUCCCGACGGAAGCGACCGUUUACAUCAGAAACCUGACGUACCUGGAUUUAUCUAGCAAUAACUUGGUCACUCUACCGUCAGAGGUUCUCUCCAGUUGGCUAUCUGUAAAACCCACACAGAGUGUAGACAAUUCCAAGAUGAUUUUAGGUCUCCAUGACAACCCCUGGGUGUGCGACUGUCGGCUCUUUGACCUGGUGCAGUUUCAGAAGUCGCCCUCCUCCUCGGUAGCGUUGAUAGACACGCGGCUGCGGUGCUCUGAGCCCGAGAGCGUGUCGGGGAUCCUGUUCAGCGACGCUGAGCUGCGGCGGUGUCAGGGGCCCCACGUGCACACGGCCGUGGCUCGCGUCCGCAGCGCCGAGGGCAACGGCGUCCUGCUGCGCUGCGGCUCCGUCGGCAUCCCCGUCCCAGACCUGUCCUGGAGCAGAGCCGAUGGGAAGCCAGUGAACGGGACCGCCCAGCAAGAGACUUCAAAGGAGGGGAUGGUGUGGUCCAUCCUGAACGUUGCGGCUGUGUCCCAGGGGGACUCAGGGAAGUACAUCUGCAAGGCCAGGAACUUUGUAGGAAGCGCAGAGGCCACCAUUUCCCUGAUAAUAACAGAUUCGGCGAGAACAGAUAAUCAAACCGACGGCACCAAGAAAUCCAGGGGGAAGAAACCCAGCGGAAAAGCCGCCGCCUACCAGGAAAAGCUGCUGGCCAGGUAUAUGGGCCUGACGACUGCAGCCCCCACCCCCCUCAUUCCUCCAUCGGCCUUCACUGGGCAGGUCCCAGACACGGAGAGCUACAGCAGUUCCGGCCGUGCGCCAGAUGUGCCCACGCCCAGUCCGGCCCUAGCGCAAGGGCUGCUGGGCCUGGAGAAAGCCAACCUGAGCAAUCUGAUGGCCAAUACCUCAUCCCUCCAGCAGGACCGGGACCGCGUGGUCCGCUCGGUCAAAGUGGUCGGGGACACGGACCACACGGUCUCGCUGAACUGGAGGGCCCCCACGGCCAAGAACACCACGGUGUUCAGUGUGCUGUAUGCCGUGUUCGGGGAGAGGGACAUGCGGAAGAUCAACGUCGGCCCGGGCAAGAACAGGAUCACCAUUCAGGGUCUGGUGCCAAAGACGAAGUACAUCGCCUGCGUGUGCGUCAGAGGGCUGAUCCCUAAGAAGGAGCAGUGCGUGAUCUUCUCUACGGACGUAGCGGCCAGCGCUAGCGGGACCCAGAAGCUCAUUAACGUGGUUGUGAUUACGGUGGCCUGUGUGAUAGUGGUCCCUCUGACCUUAAUCGUGUGCUGCGGAGCUCUGAAGAGGCGCUGGAAGAAGCUGUUCGGGAGUAAGUCUAAGGAGAUCCAGGACUCCUAUGUCACCUUCGAGACUCUCUCCCCCGGGACCAGAGCCAAAGUUCAGCAGGGGGAGUAUCUGACCCGGCCCAACCCGGAGGAGUCCAACCGGCUCCUCUCAGCCCGGUCCAGCCUGGACUCGGAUGCCACGGCUAAAAUCGAAGGACAGAAAAAUGAGUAUUUCUGCUGACCCCACCCCUGCCCCCUGAUGACCCUCCCCCCCUUCCCUUUGGAAUUCCAAAAAGGGCAGUUUGACUUUGCACAGGGCAGCUCAGAGUUCAGAACAAUGUAAGGAUUCACCACAGAACCAUGGUGGAGUGACAUCUCGAGUGUGUGAGGUGAUGGCGUGUGGAGCGAUGGUACAUUGUACAGAUCACAUAUGUCAGUUCAGGAUGUGAAUCCCAUUUUCCAUUUGUGAUACACAAUAUUUUAAAUAUGUCCUGCAAUAUUCUGGCACAGUUAUUUUGUACAUACAACCAUUAAAAGUGGCACCCAACCAGUACUGAGGGAAUUUGCUUUAAGUGGAACACAUUACAUGGACUGAGAGGAAAAGGGAAAUGUAAUUAUUAUAAAUGUAAAUUUCCAUGACUGUGUAUGCACGUGAUUGGCUUCAUUAAAUUUUAUAACAUUCACUCAA